GAAAGAACACAGUUGGAGUCGCACCAUCGUUCAUGCAUCAUCGAGCUCCGCGUGAUCUGUAUCAAGAUCAGCUGUUUAGAAUGAUCCAGCGCCCUCUCAUGAUUGUGAAAUAAAAUUGGUAUCCGCCAUACAUGGGCUCUCCCAAUAUUGUACCUUUCUACAAUUUCUUACUUCAAAGGACAGCCUCUAUGGGCAAUUGUUGAUUAUUAAAAUAAAAUAGCAGUGUUUCGUUAGACUUCGCGGAUAACAGUAAUAGCAAUGUAUAUAGGGAUGUGCAUAAACGGAUACUUCACAGACACCAUAGUCCGCGAAACAAUUAUUUCAGCCAUUGCUUUUUGAUUUGGAUAAUCAUUUUGGCUUCGGGCCGCAGGUGUAUUUUGAGUGCAUCCUGUCUGAGGUAUAGAUUCCUGUAGAUUCUCAUACAUAAAAUUGUAAAUGGCUUCACAUGGGUCUGCCCUAGAAGAUGAGCUAUCUUCUCAGUUGCGCGCUCGGUACUGCUCAGUUCCUCGAGAAUGGUUAAAAGGAUUUGUUGCUCAACAUCCGCUUAGCACAGGUGAUGAGUGCUAUCAAACGUUGUUAAACACGGAUCUUUCACGUGUCGGACUGUUCUCACUACCAAAUAACAUCUUCCCGAUAAAAGCUCGAGGCGUGCUCCAAAAUUGUUUGCUAGUUCAAGUGGUUUCUGUUUUAGACGUAGGCGCAUCGGCCUAUUCUCAGCUGUGUCAUCUCGAAGGAACCCUCAACAUCAAUAAUGAGGUAUCAGCUGAUGAAACUGGGAACGUGGAACGGGAAACAAUACGUCGCGGGAGAAGGUGCCUAUUACUUAAACUUAGUGACGGACGAUGUACAAUCCGUGCCAUUGAAUUUGAGCCAGUUGAUUGUCUCGCAGAAGAUAUACCGCGCGGAUCAAAGCUCCUGCUCAGAGGUCCGUUGGAGAUCCGACGCAGCAUAAUAUUUCUUCGUGCAGGAGCAGUGGAAUUUCUUGGUGGUAGUUCUCUUGAAAACUCAGCUCUAGAUGGACAAGGUUCACAACAUCAGAAUUUCGAUGCAGACCAGCUGCUAAUUCGAACACGGGAGUUAAAAGAAGCCCUUGAAGACCAACGGGUUAAACAGAAUGGUGCAAAUUCUCUGGAGAAAGAAGAAACGUCAUAAGCUGGUUGUUUAGGUUGAGUAACAUUUUGCUGUGGUAACGAUGAAGAUACCGUUGUCUAUAUCUAAAUAAUGAGUUUGCAUAUACAGGAUGAUAUUUGACUAGGUUUAUUAAUAACAAAUCUUUAAUUUUUAGAAAUUUUAUAUCGGUGUUAUAAUUUGGCUAUUUAUCAUACAACUAUUGGCAUGCUAGUGUUAUAAAAACGCUUGAGGACUCAUAAUGCCAUCCAAAUUAUGUAAAGACAAUUCGGUGAGCGGGUUGGUAAAAGGAUUUCUCCUUUAAAGACUCUAUUUUAGAAUGGAAGGGUGACAAACUAUAAGCAUCAUUGCCACUCAGAUGUGCAUGACGCCCGCUUGUUUUUAAAUGCUAGAUAAAAUUCAGUUGAAUCAUAUUAAAUCACUUUUUUUAUAUGGUAGUUUACACAUCAAGGUCGUAACAUUCAAAAUACAUUGAGGAAGGCCUGCAUAAUUCUACUAUUUAAUAUAUAUGGUUAGAGAUUUACGUAGACGUAUGUGAUUGGCCCAGCAUGAAUGAAGAUCACUAUAACAGACACUAGACUUGUGCCGUGUAAUGAUUUAACAGGAAAACAUAGGUUUCUUCUUACACUCGAUGGUAAACUUCAUGGAACCCCCCAUAUACCCUUUGAAUUUAGUCGUACGCUUUAAUGUAUGGGUAUUUAACCGCUCGAUUGGCCACACUUGUUAGCCGAGGCGUUUAUUUUCAUUCCAUUAUUUUUAAUUAUAAUAUUGAAUGUCACAGCGUAUGACAUAUGAAUGAAUUGAAUAUAUUAGGUUGGUAAGCGUGCAAGUGUUGAAUAUGUGGAUGUCGUCUAACGAAGAAGCGGUUAAUCCCUCAUCGCCGGUUUUUAAUAUUAGAUUUGAAAGAACGUUUUCGCGUUCUUCACUGAAUAAUAAAGGUCACAUUGUUUUAUUGUUCCUGUGGAAAUAGUGUAAACUGUUAUUAAACUUUUGUCGUUGUUCAUGACUUUCUUCCACCUACCACCAAAUAAUGUAUGCCGUUUUGCCAAAAAAUUGAGGAUUUCACCUGGAAUAAGUUUUCCAAUCACAUUUCGGCUUGUCGAUUUAAAUCGAAGGUAAGACGACGAGUGUGAUUGCCCAGUAAACGGAAAACGUGAAAAUUCUUCAGCACAAGAUCCGAAGAACAUAGAGUACAAUGAAGAUGCCUUUUCAAUGUCCUUGAAGGAGGUUUUUGGUGAUGUUUGAUGCGUGUGGUUUUGACGUGUCAUAUCUGUUCUCUAGAAUAGUCUGGCAUACUCGAUGCAACUGAGCUAAAAAACACGUGCCAGUCAAGUGUCUGGCUCGUAAGGAGCAGUUCCUAGUGGACUGGGCCCUCACAUUUCUAUUAAAUGCAAAGCAUAAUCUUCUUUGAAUGAAGAUUUGGUUAAAUUCAGUGCGCAAUAUAUGGAGACAGCGUUUAGCCGUAAUUUCUUGUUCAAUUUAGGAAGUUCACGAGGUAGCCAACCUCGGAGUUUUAAUUUAAACGCAAGGAACCUAAGGUGGUUAAUGAUGGUUGUGCUGCCAUAUAGCCAAUUCCGAAUUGUUUCUUGGCCGUUGUCGUUCACAAAUAUUUCAGAUGGUAACCGCCAAACUCGGUCGAUUGUCCAAAGCUGAAAACAUCUUUUAGGUUCUGAGUACUGUUUUCAAGCUUAGCAAAGCACUGUUGAGCAGUUUUUUUAGGGGUAGCGUCGUUACCGUACCCAAGGCAAAUGCUUCGCAGGCUUUUUCGACAGAUUUUAGGCUUCGGCGAAAUGCAUAGUGCAGAAGAUUUAAAAAAUGCCCUUUUUGGAACAUCCAUUUUUGAAGAGUUCUCUCACACUACAGUACCAUACAAUUCAAGCAGGGCGAGCGUGUUCGAAUGGUAUACCAGAAGAAAACAACAACAAU